UCGGCCUUCCCGCUCUUGUGGCCUUGCGAGUCAAUCUGGAUUUUGAAAGACGAUCGAUUGUCCUCUGAAAUACGGGAGGAAAGCCCUAUGUUGUACCGAUGAGACCGACUCUUCGUACUACCGCUAACAUAGCCCCGCGAGUUUCUCCCACGAUGACGGGGACUCUUCACGUGAUUACCUGGGACAACGGGCAGACAUCCAAAGACGUGGACAACAGUGAUGAUGACGAUCCAGCAAUCGUGGAGAUGGCGCAGCAACGUAUUCACUAUCCCGUGCAACGCACAAAUGUAGAAGUCUUGAGCCGGAUUAACCUAGAUCUACAGAGAACGCAGGCAAUGAUUAUGGGAGAACCUCUCGUACAGAUUUCGAGGAUGGUCGAAUUCUUGGAACCCUCUCGAACCCUAUACGAAGGAAUCUCGCCUCUGCUCGCACGAUAUGAGGACAAAAAGCAUUACUGCGAUAUCACGAAUCUCUCGAGCUCCCUUUUGACACCUACAAAAGAUAUUCGAUUGUUACGCUUAGGGGCAGAGACCAACUCUUUGGAACCCCCUGAGCACCUUGAAAAUGGACUCGGGAUCAAGAUCGCAACGAAACCUGUGUCGUGGCAAGACAUUCGAGACGGAGUAACACCGGAGGAACACGUGGCCAUUCGAAAACAAGAUGCACAGAUGAUGGCCACGAUGUUUUCCUGGCGAUCAGAUAACCUAUUCAUCUACGUGCCCCCACCAGAGAACACCAAAUGGGUGAAUACAAAACACAUCGAUGUAAGGAUAUGGGAUGAAUUGUAUGAGUUGCACGUACCUCGAUACGUACCUGAGGAGAUCCACCACCUAAUCGCAGACAUUUUGAAUGAAUACAAAGGAACGAUUAGUGUGACGGACACAGACAUUGGACUGUCGUUAGUCAUACAGCACGAGAUCCAAACAGGAAACCAUUCCCCAAUUCACUGUAAACCUUACAGAUACUCCCUGGUAGAACAGAAAAAGGUUCUCGAGCGGAUUCGAGAAUUUGAAGCAAGCGGUUGGAUCGAACCCGCCACUGGACCAUGGUCGUUUCCGGUAGUACUAGUACCGAAAAAGAACGGAUCGAUUCGCAUAUGGAUUGAUUAUCGCAAACUGAAUGACAUCACGAUCAAAGAUGUGUAUCCCCUUCCCCGGAUUGAUGAGUUGCUGAAUGCGAUUGGGUGUGCUAAUUACUUCAGUAAGUUUGAUAUUCGGCACGACUUCCAUCACGUUCUGGUCAAGGAGGAAGAUCGGCCAAAGACGGCCUUCGUACUGUUUGAAGGCACGUGGCAAUGGGUUCGGUGCCCGAUGAGGAUUUGCAACGCGCCCGCCACGUUUCAGCGAGCCAUGAAUGUCACGUUUCAGAACUUCGUUAAUAAGACGCGAUUCAAAAUCGCGCUCGAAAAGAGCGAAUUUUUCCUUUCGGAAAUCUCAUUUUUGGGCUACGUCGUGACACGUGGAGGACUGCGGCCUGACUCAAGAAAGGUCACGACGGUGAAGGAAGCUCCUGUCCCCACGUCACUGACGCAGGUUCAAGCCUUCUUGGGGUUAGCCUCGUACUAUCGUCGUUUUAUCAAAGGCUUCGCCGCGAUUGCACGACCCUUAACGAACCUGUUACGAAAGGAUCAGCCCCUUAGUUGGGACGCAGAGUGCGAACGGGCCUUCGCGACCCUCAAGGACGCUCUGGCAACAACACCUAUUUUGAUCCUGCCGGACCCCGCGAAGCAGUUCAUUCUCAUCACGGACUGGCAGCCGGAGGGUAUUUCCGCUAUCUUAGCGCAGAAGGGGAACGACGACCGCGAACACGUCAUCGAGUAUGCGUCACGAACGGUGCCAAAUGAGCGGAGAAAUGACUCAGCCCCACAGGGCGAAUGCUACGCGGUAGUGUGGGGAAUCCAACACUUCUAUCCGUAUCUGUACAGACAGAAAUUUCUCCUUGUCACCGAUCACGAGCCCUUGCUAGCACUGAAGUGACUCACUAAUUACGUGGGCAUGAUUGGACGUUGGGCGGUGCGCCUAUAGGAAUACAUCUUCGACAUCAUCCAUUGAAAGACGGAGAGGCACGACAACGCGGACGGACUGACACGUCUGCAUCGACCAGCUAAAGUGCCUAAGGUGGAAGAGAUCGUCCCGUUAAAGGAACCGGAAUCAACGAACGGACCCAAGUACGGACAAGUGACAGUCCUUCCACGUGGCAAGAAGCAGGCAGGUGGCCAUGGGUGACGGAGGUAACCCUACAACUCCCCUCUCUCCGCUCUCCUCCUCAUCUCUCCUCUUCCUGCCCGAUAAAUUUUGUUAUUUUUG